AUGAGGUUGGAGAAGUGCUGGUUCUGCUCCUCCACCGUCUACCCCGGCCACGGCAUCCAGUUCGUCCGCAACGACGCCAAGGAUGCCACGUUUGAGUUCGAGAGGAAGAGGAACAGGCCGGAGCGCUACGACCGAGAUGGCGGCGUUCCUGAGCAAAUCAGGACAUUCAUCCAGAUGAGAACCAACCUCAAGGUGGUAGACAACUCUGGAGCCAAGCGGGUCAUGUGCAUACAGUCCUUGAGGGGGAAGAAAGGAGCUAGGCUUGGGGACAUGAUAAUUGGUUCUGUGAAGGAAGCGCAACCUCGCGGCAAGGUCAAGAAAGGUGAUGUGGUCUACGGUGUGGUUGUCCGUGCCGCUAUGAAGAAAGGACGCAGUGACGGCAGCGAGGUCCAGUUUGAUGACAACGCUAUCGUCAUCGUGAACAACAAAGGCGAGCUGAUUGGCACUCGCGUCUUCGGUCCUGUUCCUCAUGAGCUCAGGAAGAAGAAGCAUCUCAAGAUCUUGGCGUUGGCUGAACACAUAGUUUGA